AUGUAUCUGUUUAUGUAUAAAUGUAACAUAGUUUUGGAGGAGACUCAUGUUUUUCAAAAUACCCCUUGUGAUGUUUCAUUGCAGAGGCCAUUUAAUGGGUUUGGAGAAAACAAUGCAUUACCAUUGAGAAAGAUGCAUCAAGAGGAGAAGAAGAAGAAACAUAGGGGUGGACACUGGACACUUUCAGAGGAUCUCAAACUCAAAGAGCUUGUGGCGGUUUUUGGUCCUCAGAACUGGAAAUUCAUUGGAGAGAAGAUGGAACCAAGAACAAGUCUAAGUUGUAGACAAAGGUGGUUUAACCAGCUCGAUCCGAAGAUUAACAAAAGAAAUUUCACUGAUGAGGAAGAAGAGAAGCUGCUUAGAGCUCACAUAUUAUAUGGUAACAAAUGGUCUAAGAUCGCUAAGCUUUUCAAUCGAAGAACAGACCAUGCUGUUAAGAAUCAUUGGCACAGUCUCAUGAAUAGAAUCAUUAGGAAGCAAUCAGCUUCUGACAUAAGAUCUUUCGAUAACAUCCAGAAUUAUCAAACCUCCAACUUUCUUCCUGGUUUGUGUCUCCUUAAUACUAAACAAUAG